AGUACUCGCGCCGCCGCCGACGUGCUCGCACCAUGUUCAUCCCCGACACGCUGCGGAGCUGCAUGGUGGAGCCCGACGUCUCGACAUACCUGCAGGCGCCCUCGUCUGGACAGGAUGAAUUUCAUCCUUUCAUCGAGGCACUGUUGCCUUUCGUCAAGUCUUUCUCCUACACGUGGUUCAACCUGCAGGCAGCGAAACGCAAAUACUUCAAGAAACACGAGAAGCGUAUGUCCUUAGAGGAAGAAAGGCGGUGCAAGGAAGAACUCCAGAACGAGAAAGUGGAGGUAAAGCAGAAGUGGGCGUCCCGGCUGCUGGGCAAGCUGCGAAAGGACAUCACGCAGGAGUGUCGGGAAGACUUCGUGCUCAGCAUCACGGGCAAAAAGCCCGCCAUGUGCGUCCUGUCCAACCCUGACCAGAAAGGCAAAAUGCGCCGCAUCGACUGCCUGCGACAGGCUGAUAAGGUGUGGAGGCUCGACUUGGUCAUGGUGAUACUUUUCAAAGCAAUCCCUUUAGAAAGCACAGACGGCGAACGCCUCGAGAAAUCCCCCGAGUGCACUCACCCGGGAUUGUGCGUCAACCCGUACCACAUUAAUGUUUCCGUCCGAGAGUUAGACCUCUACUUGGCCAACUUCAUCAACAGCCACGAAAUCUUGAGUGGCUUAUGCGAUAACAAUAAUGACAAAGAUGACGACAGAGGAAUGAAAGGCUACACUCACAACCCAUACAACGGAGUCGUAUGCAACGACACGAUUUUAGCCACUGGAGUCUUCUCAUCCAAAGAACUGUGGAGUCUUUCCAAAGCUUCUAUCAUGCAGGGCCCGAAUGGCAUGCAGCCUCCAGUGAGUGCAAUAAAGCUGGAGAACCCGAACUACUACUGCAACAGCUACACGCCGCCCGCCUCCGACCAUACCUCCAUGAUGCCCACCGGCGCCUACAGCCCACUUUCCCUGCCACGUAGUUCUCACAGCCCUGGAGAGCCUAGGCACAAACGGCCACGAAGUCUCAGCUCAACAGAAGAGGACAUGGAUUUGGCGAAUCGUGAGAAAGGCGAUGUCUCGUACUAUGGGCAGAGCCCGGCGUCCCUUUCCAGCCAAGCCAGCUGGCAGUCAGAUGUUGAUCAUGGUCAACCCCUGCACCUGGUGCAUGCUGGAAAGGUCGCCAAGGCAGUACUCAGAGCAUCCGACACUAACAAGGACCCCUCUUUGUGUAGUCACCUCCGCUCAGCUCAGGAAGGUCUGCAGCAACACAGUUCUGUGACAUCCAUAGCUUCCUCAAGUCUUAGUGGAAGUGCAUCUGCCAGUUUCUACCAGCAAGCAUCUGGCCCCAACCACACUCAACACAGUCCAACAAAAUAUCCUGAAAAUGGGCAUGACACACUGUCUGAUUUUGUUACCUUUGUGUGUCAAGAAGCUGAAAAUACGCAACAAGGGAGUCAGUCUCAGCCGGGUCCAUCAAGGAGUCCAUCAAAACUGUCUCAAUACUACCCUAGCUCAAUGCUGCCACCCCCACCUCCCCCACCCAUGGCUCGACCUGUGGCAAUCAUUCGAUCUACAGGUGAUAUAUCUUCUGAUGAAAAUGUGGAUAUAAUAAGGCAGACUUCAGCUCAGAAAAUGAGAGGUGAGCUGACAGUGACUUCAGCGAGCUCCCCACCAUCGUCUGGGACCCCACCAAUAGCAGAAGGUUCUCCAAGAGAUGGCCGCACACCAGUCCAGGGAAAUGCACUGAGUCCAUCACCUCCUGUCAGCUCAGCAGCAGUUGAUGUGGUCCCCACAAGCCGCACUGUUGUCAGCAGUCCAUUCUCGGUCAGCCGUGAAUAUGCAUUCACUCACAUUCACACCCAACCAGGACAGCUUUUCAGCUAUUCAAGUAUUAGUCCAGUUAGUGCCAUGUCAGGAGUUAUAAGUCCAACAAACUUGAGUAUGUUCAGCUCUCCUGUAACAACUCCCCGUACAACACCAAGAUCUACACCAAUACCUCGCUGGAAUACUCCUUUCAUCAGUUUGGAGGAGGAGUACAACAUGAUGACACCACUGAUAUCUGGAAAUGGCCAGAGCACUGAGUCUAAUUCGGGAACACUUAUAGAUGAUGAUCGAUAUUUCAACACUGUGGUUCACAGCAGUGAAGGAAUAGAUGCCACUCAAGGAAUUACAUCUGGAGAUCCAGGAUCUAAUGGUUCAAGCAGUGGAGCUCGUACUCCCCCAUCAAGGACACCAAAUUCUAGCUCCAACCCAUCCACACCCACCAAGCCACAGUCAUCUUAAGCUGUAUAUUAGCACUAUUAGAUUUUGCUCAAUUUAUUAUGUGUGUUUGCUAAGCAUUGGGCCUGAAUGGUACCUGCUGUAAACUUCCCCUUUUAAUGGUAACAGCAGGGUUUGGCAGUAAUCUCCAAGUGUUGUGUGAAAUGAGAAUCUUUAGUUGGAUGUGUUUGAAGAUGCAUUUUUAUAACUCUUCCCUUAAUUUGUAAGAUUUGAGUUGGAUGAGAAGUAGAUUUUCUCAUAUUGAUCAACUAGUGCACAACUAAUGGAAGCUGAGACAAUCAGCCCAGAAAGUAUGUGUGCCAUAAUGUUGUCACUUUAAUAUGUGUUGUAAAUAGUUGUUUUAUUUGUGGUGUUAUCAGUCACAAUUCCCAGUCAUCUUGCAUGGGAAAACAGAUUGUUUUCUAACUACCAAAGACUUUAGCCAUAUUUAAAAAAAUGUGAUGACUGAUAUGGAGUUGUGUUAGAGUUCUCAUUGCUAUGUGAUUUCUUUUAAAUAUUUUCUUUUUUUAAGCACAUUGUGAGUAUGAUGUUUACAUCUUGUAGCUUGUUUUUGUUGUUGUACAGAACACAGUUUUAAAUAGUUUGUUGGGUGUCAAAAAUUUUGAAAAAAUUUUUGUUAUGCUUACAGUCAGUUUGAUUACAGUUUCAGUGUUUCUAUUUGUUUAUUUAUGUAGUUGUUAACAAUAAGAAUUUUUUGACAAAUGUAAGGUGGUUGAUGUUGAGUAUGAACACUGUUUGUAAAAUUUGUUACAUUUUACUGUACAUAUCAGAUUAUUUUUUAAGUAAAAGCAGUGCAGUUUUGUAUGUCUUUUGACCUUAGGUUAUUAACUUAUGAGGGCAUCUGAAAAAAGAUACUCAACUCAUAUACUGUUAAUAUAUAUUAUUAAUUCUCUUGUUGCGCCAACAGCUUGUUUAAGGUAUUUUGUUUGUUUCUAAUUCUGUCUGUGUUUCAGUGAGAUUGAUAUUCACAAGUUUUUAUUUUUGUAAGUACAGAAUCAAGCAACAUGAUGUUUUAGAACAUAUUCAGUAGUGAAGUGGCAUCAGUGAUCCAUUAUUUCAAAUGGAGGAUAUAUCUGUCACACAGACAAAUGUUGUAUUGAUACAAUGUUUCUGGAGCGUUUAUUUAUGAGUACUAGUCAAUGAAUAAAUUCAAAAGGGCCAUUAAGCUCUUUUUUCUUAUUUUUUUUUUUAUGUGAAGGUCUUCUGCAGUGUGAUAUGAAACUUUGGGAGGGUUUUUGUAAUAAGCAUCUGUUAGAGUGUUAAUAUGCCACACUUUUUCAUUGAUUACAUUGAUUAAUUAUUUUUUGUAGACAAGGACAAUGGGCCUCUGUAGAGAUCUCAGUGAUAAAAUAUUACUUUAUUCUGAGGUACAAAGUGUAAUUGGCUUUGAAUUGUCAAACAAUGAAGAAAAGAUUUGCAGUUAAGAAGAAUGGCUUGCAGAUAAUAUUUUACAAAUCUGUGAUGCAAUAAGUCGUAGCCUUGCCUUAAAAGCAAAUAUUUAGAUAGAACUGUAGAUUAGAUAUGUUUGUUACUGUCUAUAUAACAUGAAGUAUACUAACAAGACGGUGCUAGUGGACAUUCAGAAGGUAUGAAGUUUCUAAAAUACACAUUUGUUUAUCUUGCCAGUAUCAGAAAUUCCAUCAUUUGUAUGUGCAGCUGAAAUAACACCUUUAUCACUGAGGCAUACCUAAUUCUAGCUCAUAUACAUACUGAAUCCUGCAAAUAUAGCAAUAUGAAUGACUAAAUGUCCUGUAAUAUGUAGCAAAUGUGGUGUGUUACUCAGCUGUUUUAGCUUCUGUUGAUUGGAUAACAAAAUAUUGUGCAAAUUUUAAUUGAUGUUAGAAGAAAAGUUACAAUUACUGCAGCACUGAUUUGUAUAAAGACUGGAGUAACCUCUGAAGGCUCAAGAUUUUUUACUGUACUUUUAUUUUACUUCAGGCAAGGACAUGUUCCAAAAUAUUAUUUAUUUCAUAUAGUUAGUUAGUUUUGUGUAGCCACUUGAAAAUGAAUAUGUUGUGUUUACUGUAUUAUGCUCAAACAGUCCAUUUACAACAAGAAUGAAGGAGAGAGGAGAGGAAGAAAAGAGAGAGAAAGAGAAAGAGCAUGUCUCUCUCUGCUAAUGGAAGACUACAGAAUAGGAGACAAAGCAUGAAUGCUAAAAUAGCUGAGUUCACUAUGUGUUGCAACAAGGAACUACAUCAUCAUUUUUUGUCCAUGAUGGUGACUGCAGUUAAACUGUACGCCCCUACAAAAGUUGUAAGAUUGUUGUGUGUUUGCCUUGUGGGACCCAACUUUUGUGGGAAAUCAAUUAAAACAUUUAUUAAUAGCUAUGAUCUGUAGAGAAUAAUAGUGUUUGAUACAAAUUAAUAUUUGGCAUCUUCAGCUUUAAGGGAUGUAUGAGCCCAAAAGAUAUGUGACAUAUACUAAGACAUUGUCUGCCAGCCAAUUGUAUGUUAUCCUAGUUUGAGAUACGGUAUUGAAUCCUUGUAGAUGGGAUUAGAUUAGAAAAAUGAACAUAUUUUGGGCCUCUGAUUACCAUGCACAUGUCAAAUACUGGUGUACUGGUCUUUUACCAGUCAGUUCUUACAUAACCAAAGAGGAAUCAGUUGUGAAACAAUUUGUUAGCAGAUUCAUAGGUAGAGCUUGUUGCAGUGUGGUACAAACUUGACUAGCCAAAAGUUAGUGAAGAAAACAAAUUGUAGAAGAGACAAAUCUCCAGUUAGUAGAGUAGUGGAUUUGAAAGAAAAAACUUUUGAUAAAUAGCAAUUUGUUAUAUAUUGUUACAUAUACCAGUUGUUGAUGAUAUUGCAAGUUAGUCAUUCAGUCACUUCUUGUUUUGUAAGUACAGUAACAAGGCUCAAUGUAUUACUGUUUGUAAAUGUGCUAAACCAGCACGUUCAUGACAGACUGUGUACAAGCUUUACUAUAAUCCAGAAGAUUGUAUCAUAAUAGUCAUUGUAAAAUAUAGAACUUUUGUUUUCAUAUUUAAUCAUUACAUUUAAUUUAAUUCAUACACAUAAUCAUCCAUUUUAGCACAAAACAUAUUGGCAGAAGCUGUUUAAUGUGUCUAUCAUGUUUCUAUACAUACUUGUGAAUCUGCGUCAAAUAACAAAAUUUCAUAAGUAUAGAGGACUCAAAAAGGUGAGACUGUGAGCAUUUCGAUAACCAAUAAAAGUGCCAAGAAUCUGCAAAGUAUUUCCAUUUCAAGCUACUGACACAAAAUGUAAAAGUUGAUUGAAUCAGGAUAGUCUCCUAUGAAUAAGAUAAGAAUUACAAGCAUUUCUGUCACCAUGAUAGAAACUGCAUGCACAGUAGAGUCUAAACUUCAGCAAUAAUGUGUCUCAGAACUCAAGCUUCUGUAUAUAAUUUCAGACAUUGAACUCAGACAUGUGAAUAUAUAGGAAAUAAAAUCUUCUAAAACCUCUGGAUUAUAGUUAAGUUUGCUCAUAAUGUUAAAAUUCAUAGAUAAUAACUUCAGUAUUUCCUUUUCAUGGGACUGUGAAAUGAAUUUGGUAUAGUUUUAUUACAAAAAAAUGCAGGAACAGGCACCACCAGUGAGCUGCUUAUUUUUAUAGAAUAUCAUUUUGCCACAUUUUGGCUGUGUUUGUGCUGCAACUGAUAUGAACUGCAGCUUAAUAAAUACAAAAAGUCACAUAGCCCGUUUUUCAAGAGAAUUUUGAAAUAAUGAUAUAUUAAUAGGCAGUUAAGUAUAGUCUUCCUGUAUUCCAACAUUUCACAUGGUAACUAUUAAAAUAUUCACUUUUGAAUUGAAAAUUGCUUGAAAUAUAUUGCAUUGUUUAUUAGUUCAGUAGUUCUAACUUGUACCAUUUUUUCACCACAUUAAAAACUGAUCCAUCAGGUGACAGGUAAUCCAGUUGCAAUAUCAAAUAAAAGUUUGUAAUUACCUGUUUUUUGUUGAAGCAACAGCUUCUGUUUUCAUAAGACCUUUUACAUUUCAUUUAUACAAAGUAUUACCUAUUUGACUUACAAUUCCAAAGUCGGAUAUCCACUGUAAGUAUUAAUUCAUAUUUCAGGAUUGCUGUACCAAGAAGAUAGGGUGAAUUACAUUGUGUCACUACAAUGUUGUCAUUUCAGGACUGAUAAUAAAAUUUUUAUUACAUACUUUAAAAUUUCAGAAUGUGCACCAUUAAAUUUAGUUCACUUCUACCAGUGGUUCAAGAUUGUUUUCUAGUCUUACGACUUUUGAUAACCCUAAAAACUUUAUCUGCAGAGAGAGUACUAAAAAGGAAGUUUUCUGUUAUAACAAGUAAUUAAACUUUUCAGUCAAUAUAAACUCAUCAAAUACCAUAUGAUCAAAGAUUAUACAGAACCACUUCUAUUACAUAAAAAGAUCAGUAUUAUCACAGAUAAAUUUCUGCAUUGGUGCUAAUUACUGUUAAAAAUAUUUACAGUGAUAAGAUGGCAAAGAAAACUAGCUAAUCAAAAAUUCUUACACACACAUUGCGGCAACAGAAAUGAAGUCACUUAAAACUUCAAAACAGACUCCUGUAGAAUUUUAUUUGUGGAGUACACUAUUUAGAGGAAUGUGGUGACAUAUACCAUGAUCCAUUUGACUUGCAGACCUUGUUUUGAAUCUCAGGUGUUUAUCUGUGUUUCUGUGGCCACAGGGAUAGGGGGUGCUGCUAAUCCCUGUGUAAACAACAUGUGUAUUUUUCACUUCAUCAUAGGAUAAAUAUCUACUAAAGAUUUUUUUUGUUUGAACAUACAGGGUGUUUCAAAAAUGACCGGUAUAUUUGAAACGGCAAUAAAAACUAAACGAGCAGUGAUAGAAAUCCACCGUUUGUUGCAAUAUGCUUGGGACAGCAGUACAUUUUCAGGCAGACAAACUUUCGAAAUUACAGUAGUUACAAUUUUCAACAACAGAUGGCGCUGCGGUCUGGGAAACUCUAUAGUACAAUAUUUUCCACAUAUCCACCAUGCGUAGCAAUGAUAUGGCGUAGUCUCUGAAUGAAAUUACCCGAAACCUUUGACAACGUGUCUGGCGGAAUGGCGUCACAUGCAGAUGAGAUGUACUGCUUCAGCUGUUCAAUUGUUUCUGGAUUCUGGCAGUACACCUGGUCUUUCAAGUGUCCCCACAGAAAGAAGUCACAGGGGUUCAUGUCUGGCGAAUAGGGAGGCCAAUCCACGCCACCUCCUGUAUGUUUCGGAUAGCCCAAAGCAAUCACACGAUCAUCAAAAUAUUCAUUCAGGAAAUUAAAGACGUCGGCCAUGCGAUGUGGCCGGGCAUCAUCUUGCAUAAACCACGAGGCGUUCGCAGUGUCGUCUAAGGCAGUCUGUACUGCCACAAAUUCACGAAGACUGUCCAGAUAGCGUGAUGCAGUAAUCGUUUCGGAUCUGAAAAAUGGGCCAAUGAUUCCUUUGGAAGAAAUGGCGGCCCAGACCAGUACUUUUUGAGGAUGCAGGGACGAUGGGACUGCAACAUGGGGCUUUUCGGUUCCCCAUAUGUGCCAGUUCUGUUUAUUGACGAAGCUGUCCAGGUAAAAAUAAGCUUCGUCAGUAAACCAAAUGCAUAUCGCCGUCAUCAAUCCUGUGCACUAUAUCGUUAGCGAAUGUCUCUCGUGCAGCAAUGGUAGCGGCGCUGAGGGGUUGCCACGUUUGAAUUUUGUAUGGAUAGAGGUGUAAACUCUGGCGCAUGAGACGAUACGUGGACAUUGGCGUCAUUUGGACCGCAGCUGCAACAUGGCGAACGGAAACCCGAGGCCGCUGUUGGAUCACCUGCUGCACUAGCUGCGCGUUGCCCUCUGUGGUUGCCGUACGCGGUCGCCCUACCUUUCCAGCAUGUUCAUCCAUCACGUUCCCAGUCCGUUGAAAUUUUUCAAACAGAUCCUUUAUUGUAUCGCUUUUCGGUCCUUAGGUUACAUUAAACCUCCGUUGAAAACUUCGUCUUGUUGCAACAACACUGUGUUCUAGGCGGUGGAAUUCCAACACCAGAAAAAUCCUCUGUUCUAAGGAAUAAACCAUGUUGUCUACAGCACACUUGCACGUUGUGAACAGCACACGCUUACAGCAGAAAGACGACGUACAGAAUGGCGCACCCACAGACUGCGUUGUCUUCUAUAUCUUUCACAUCACUUGCAGCGCCAUCUGUUGUUGAAAAUUGUAACCACUGUAAUUUUGAAAGUUUGUCCGCCUGAAAAUGUACUGUUGUCCCAAGCAUAUUGCAACAUUUGGUGUAUUUCUAUCGCUGCUCGUUUAGUUUUUAUUGCCGUUUCAAAUAUACCGGUCAUUUUUGAAACACCCUGUAUAUGCAUUCAUACACAGAUCCGCGUGCAUUUAUGAAUAUGCAGAUAUCUAUUUUUAUCUUUGUAAUAGCUUCCAAACCACAAACAUAAGACACAUUACAAUUUAAACAGGUGUCAUUUUCUUAGUGCUGUAGAAAAAAUAAAACUUCAGCAACUUUCCAUAUGAAAAUUUCACUGGAUUUGUCAUGGUGAUAAAAAGAGUCAAAAAUCAUUAGUAUUGUGGAUCAGUUAUUAUUUUCUAAUUAUUGUGAUGAUUAUGUUGAAAUUUGUAAGAAACUGAGACAAUGAGUAUUGUAUACCACAAGAAAAAGUUAUUUAUUGUCUUUCAAAAACAGUCACCAAAUAUAAGUUAAGGUUUCAAGAACUUUUUCAUUACAUAUAUUACAUUAACUAGUGCCACAUAUAUGUGAAUAUUCCAUGCUAAUUUUUUUCCCUAAUUUAAGGACAAAAAACUGGGGGGGUUCAGAUUAAUUGUAAUAAGGUUGGUACUGCUCUGCCUCCAUCAACAGAUCCUGUAGUGUUGUUGUGGCCUCAAUCUGUGAUGGACUAGUAGCUCAUUAGAUGUGAAGAAGUGUUAACUAUGUGUCAGUUAUGGCUACCAGUUCUUGUUAUUGAUUGUACACAGUUUUAAAAAAUUUAAAAUUCUUAAAGAAGCAGAGAAAAUUGGAAACUGUUCAGUGGAACAGUGGAAAGAAAGUACGGUGUGAGUGAGGGUUGUAUUCACAAUUGGCAAAAAAAAAAAAAAAAAAAAAAAAAAAAAAAAAAAAAAAAAAAAAAAAAAAAAAAAAAACGAAA